GUGUUGCUUUUCUGCUAUCACUUAUUUCUUUUCCUACAUUGGAUCAUCACUCAAAUAUUAAUCUUCAACAUAUAUAUUAAUCUGCAGAAGACAAAUAAUUCGAGAAUAUUAUAAAUCUUGUUCAUUUUUUGGGCUUCAACAACCUUCAUUACUCGCAAUUUCCGGAAGGCGGUUAUUAUUUUUCCCCGAAUCUGAAGCCAAACAGACAUUUUCAGAUGAAUGAAAACCAACAUUUUGAGCAAUGGAAGAGCAUCAGACUAGAAAAAGAGACGAUUUAAGAAUAGAAAUUACCUCGCCGCCGAUUUCCCAUCGGAAAACAUUAAGCUCCUCAUCGUCAGGUUCUUCCGCUUCAUCAUUAGGUUCUCCAUUCGAACUGGAUGUUACCAAAAACAUGCGACUCUCGCCAGGCAACGACGACAGCAGCGAAACGCCGUUAUCUAACGGAUACGAAACGGCCGGAACCGAAACGCGAUCAAGUUCAAACAAUAAUUCACCUAUGCAAUCUCCCCCGAAAAUGAUGACGAUGGAGCCACCGCCGCCUGUCGCGGACUCAAAUUACAGGAUUCCCUCGUCAGUAUUUGCCAGAAACAAAUCGUCAGCUCCGGCGGAGUGGAGCACCACUUCGAAUGAAUCUCUGUUCAGUAUUCACAUGGGGAACACGAGUUUUACUAGAGAUCAUGUGAACUGGUUUGGCAAAUCUGGAGAGCUAGGGUUGCUUGGUGAUCCGGCAAUGUCUCCGAUGAUGGAUUUUUCGACUAAUCAGUAUUUGAACCAUCCGCCAAGACCGCCGGAGUUAGGGCAACCGGGUAUCGGGAAUGUUGAAGCGCAUUUCGGAGUAACGGAGUCGAAAGCUGCGGAGACAAUGAGGGAGGUUAUUAAAGAGAAUGAAGCUGAUCAUGCUCAUAAAGAAAAGACUCUGGCUAAAAAAAACAUUCGCUCCGGGAGCUUUCGUGGUUCGGACGCUAGCGGCGCCAGUGUCACGUCGUUUGCUUUUCCGAUAUUGACAGGAGAUCAUAAAACGGACGCAUCACCUAGAAAGCAACACGGAAUGUCGCAUCAAAACUCGCAACCGCAGACUCCGAAAGUAUCGAACGAUCAGCCGAAAUUACAAGCAAUAGAAAGCGGUAAACCGACGGAGACAAAUCCGAAUCAAAGGAGAUGGUACAAUUGUUUCCCAUGUUGUUCAUCCUGCAGUUCUUGAGACAGUGAGAGCAAAUGUAAUUUACAUUUCAAGAUGGUAGUAUAGGUAUUAAUUUAUUGGUAGAGAGAUUGUUAAGACUUGUGAUCCUUUUCAUUUUUGUCUUCUGCAUAAUCCUUAAUCAAUUAGCAAGAUUCAUUUAA